GAGUACGUCUUCGGCAUCAUCAGCGAUCCAACUGUGAAUAUUCACAUCAGCAAAAAUCCGCAAAAUGAAGACCAUUUUCGUUCUGUGCGCCUUUCUCGUGGCCGGCGUUCUGGGCGCCGACGGAGAGGAGAUGAAGGACAAGCGCGGCCUCGUGGGCUUCGGCUAUGGACUGUCGCCUUACGGAGGCUACCCAGGCGCCGGUUACGUGCACGGAUAUCACGGCUACGGGUACAGAGGCUUCGGCUACCCGUACGACGGCUACCAACAUCCUUACGCCUACUCCCCGGGCGCCCUGGCCUAUCACGGUUCCCACUUUGGAUACGGCGGAGCGCCGUUUUACCACUAAACACUCCCGCUAAAGCCGCCAGAUGCAAAGAAAUUGCAGAUCCAUCGAACUUUGGAUUGUCUCUAUCAAUAUCUCUGAACAAAAAAAAAAGCCUUUUUUCAUUUCAAAUUGUUUUCUUCUUGUUUUCAUGCAAAUAAAUUGAAUUGAAUCGACAAA